UCAAAUGAAGAUAAGAGAGCCCAGGAAGGAAAUGUGUCUGAGGAUGGCAUAGUAAAUCCAACAAUAAGAAAAGAUUUGAAAACCAUACCGAAAUUCUACUGUUGUCCAAUUGAAGGAUGUCCUAGAGGCCCUGACAGACCAUUUUCUCAAUUUUCUCUCGUAAAACAGCACUUUAUGAAAAUGCAUGCUGAGAAGAAACACAAGUGUAGCAAGUGCAGCAAUUCCUAUGGCACGGAGUGGGACUUGAAAAGACACGCGGAGGACUGCGGCAAGACCUUCCAGUGCACGUGUGGCUGUCCCUAUGCCAGCAGAACAGCGCUGCAGUCCCACAUCUACCGAACUGGCCAUGAGAUCCCUGCAGAGCACAGGGAUCCACCUAGUAAGAAAAGGAAAAUGGAAAACUGCCUGCAAAACCAGAAGAUGUCCAAUAAGACCAUUGAGUCCCUGAGCAACCAACCCAUCCCUAGAUCAGACACUCAAGAGCUGGAAGCUUCCAAAAUCAAGCUGGUAGCGUCUUUAGAAGACUCUUGUGCCUCUAAUGCCAGAAAGCAGACGCUGACAACACCUCCAAGACAUCCUCAGAAGUUGCUUUUACCCAAGCCCAAAGUGGCUUUGGUGAAACUGCCCGUGAUGCAGUUUUCCCCUGUGCCUGUGUUUGUGCCUACAGCUGACUCCUUGGCCCAGCCCGUGGUGUUAGGCGUGGACCAAGGCUCGGCUGCAGGGGCUGUGCACUUGCUUCCCCUGUCAGUGGGAACCCUGAUCCUGGGCCUGGAUUCUGAGGCUUCUGCUCCAAAGGAGAGCCUGCCACUUUCCAAAAUCGUGAGCCCCGUUGCUGUUGAGCCCGUUAGGACAGGUGUUCAAGUGAACUUGGGUAAAAGCCCCUCUAAUCCCUUACAGGAACUAGGGACCACGUGUCAGAAGAACAGCAUUUCUUCAAUCAACGUGCAGACUGAUCUGUCUUAUGCCUCACAGCACUGUGUUCCUUCUUCACAGUGGGCUGGCGCGGAUUCCUGUGUGUCGUCUUGUUCUCAAACUGACUUGUCGUUUGAUUCUCAAGUGUCCCUUCCCAUCAGUGUUCACACACAGACAUUUCUGCCCAACUCUAAGGUAACUUCAUCUAUAGCUGCUCAGACUGAUGUGUUUGCAGACGCUUGUUUUCAGUCAGGUGGGAUUUCCAGAGAAACCCAGACUAGCAGGAUGCAGAGUCCAGCAGGUGACCACGUGCAGAUGGACCAAGCUGGAAUGUGCCGAGACAUUUUUGAGAGUGUCCAUUCAUCAUACAGUGUUGCCACAGACAAUAUUAUAGGCAGCAGUUUAGUAGCAGACACAGUAGCACAUGGUUUGUUACCUCAGAAUAACCCUAAGACUUUACAUGACGAUCUCGGGAAAUCUGCACCAAUUAUUAACUUCAGUGCACAGAACAGUAUACUUCCUUCACAGAACAUGACAGAUAAUCAGACCCAAACCAUAGAUUUAUUAAGUGAUUUAGAAAACAUCUUGUCAAGUAAUCUGCCUGGUCAGACACUGGAUAAUCGUAGUCUUUUGUCUGACACGAAUCCUGGACCUGACACCCAGCUAUCAUCUGGCCAGACCCAGAAUCCCGGAAUUGAUUUUGAUAUAGAAGAGUUCUUUUCAGCCUCAAAUAUCCAGACUCAAACUGAAGAGAGUGAACUCAGCACCAUGAACACUGAGCCAGUCUUGGAAUCACUGGACAUAGAGACCCAAACUGACUUCUUACUCGCAGACACCUCUGCUCAGUCCUACGGGUGCAGAGGAAAUUCUCACUUCUUAGGCCUUGAGAUGUUUGACACACAGACACAGACAGACUUAAACUUCUUCUUAGACAGUAGCCCCCACCUGCCUCUGGGAAGCAUUCUGAAACACUCCAGCUUUUCCAUGAGCACUGACUCAUCUGACACUGAGACCCAGACUGAAGGAAUCUCCACUGCUAAAAACAUACCUGCUCUAGAAAGCAAGGUCCAGCUGAACAGUACAGAGACACAGACCAUGAGUUCUGGAUUUGAAACCCUGGGGAGCUUGUUUUUCACCAGCAAUGAAACGCAAACAGCAAUGGACGACUUUCUUCUGGCUGAUCUGGCCUGGAACACGAUGGAGUCUCAGUUCAGCUCUGUGGAAACCCAGACGUGUGCCGAACCACAUGCAGUCUCCAACUUCUGACAGAGGCGUCCCAGUGUGGGUGGCAUUGACUAUCUCCUUUCGGAUUGACCAGUGGGGAGCAGGACAGCAGUAUUAAUUCUGUUGAAUGUAGGUGAUGCAGUUGCUUAGAUUCUGUGCAGUUCUCUGCCUUUGUACUUGUAAACAUGAAGUCUGUGUAUAAAUGUGAGUGUAUUAUAAAGUGUUACAUGUUGAUCUAAAAAUAAUUGUUUUGUGUUGCUUGCAUUUGCUCUUUCACAGCUAGUCAUUCCAUUUUUAAAAAUUGUAUUUCACACCUAUAAAACCUAUAUGGCCAUUUAGCUGAAGCCAAGCUUACCAGGUACGAGGAUACAGACUUCUCAGAUCUUUAAAACAUCUUAGUGGAAGUGUAAUAUACUUAACUGAAAUUGCACCUAAAAUAUUUUUGACAGUGCCUGUUAGAAUUCCUGCUUCCCAAUAGUAAUAUCUAAAGAAAUCUGAUGUCGCCACCUUCAGACUGACACAGUAGUGCUUUUAUGGUUUUAGACUCCUGCUACCUGCAGCUACACCAGCUCUGACAUCUCCUUUCUGAUUUGAAGACACUGGGGGAAACCACAGCUGUCUUUAGUCUUUGAAGCAGUUUUCAUGUCAUCAGUGCCACGUUGCUGAUACACCCACAUUAGUGUCUAUUGCUUACCUCACAAGAGGUUUAUUACUGCAAGAUUACUGGCUAGAGAAAGAGCAGCAGGCACUUUGUGUAAAGAGUAAUCCUGCUAAUAAGAGUCAAUCAUCCAACCUUGGGAGCACGGGGUGUAGAGCCAACACCGACUUCAUCCUGGUGUGUGGUCUAUCAGCAUUCUUUCUGCUCUCCUGCUAGGCCAGAGUCGGGCCCUAGGGCCGUUUCCUUAAGUGCUUCCACAGGCUGCAUCUGAGUUACGUUGUUCUAAACAUUAAAAAAAAAGGAAAAAAACGGAAAGAGAAAAGGACAUUCCCUCCUCUAGAUUUCAAUGCUUUGCACUUGUACUAAGCUUAGCAGGGCAAGAGUGCAAUUUACAUUUACUUUAAUGUGUCUCUUUCCAUCCACCAUCUCUAACUUGAAUAAGGAAAUAUAUUGGUCUGGCAGAGAUAGUAUUUGUGCCUUGAGGCUAGCAAUUUCAGAAUAGAUUCAUCUAAAAUACGGUAUUCUGCGUUGCUUUAUUUUUUUCAAAGAGUAAUAUCAGACUUCUUCAAAGAAAACAAGAUGAAGACCUAUUGUUUCGGUAACUAAGAAUGAAGAGCGGACAGCACUCUUGCUGUUUGUUUGUUCUGCCGGGUGUGCCCUUCACAAUGUAUCUUUCCUUUAAUAAAUCUACCUUUCUUAAUUCAAAAAAAUUAUCUGUUUUCAGAUGGGAGCAUGAUAGAGUAUGCUUUUGAGGUUUUCUGUCUUUAGGAGAUCCAGAAUACUUAAUUAUUGGCUAACUUUCAGGCAAGUAAGAAUAGAAUUGGUGCUGCCCGUGAGUUCUCUAAGUUUAACCAAAAAAAAAAAAAGUUCGGUGGCACAUGCUUGUGCUGCUGAAGAGGACUAAUGAUUCCCUAAAGUAAAUUGAUGGUUUUGUUAUGAAUUUCUCCCCCAUACAUUUGAUACAAAAGAAGUGUUGGUAACAGAUAAGUCACAUGUCCUGGGCAGAUGAGCUCAACCUAGUAAAUGAAAGUUUGCUUUGGUCACAGUUGCCUGUGAAUAUGGGUUUCAAAAUAAACACAAAGCCUUAACUUAGAAUCUCAUUAUGUGUUAGAAUCAUCACUGCCUUAAUAUCCAAACAUCUGUUUAAGUCCUCCUAAUAAAGGAGAAAUGCAUGUGUAUGGCUUUUUUGUAAAUAUAAAUGCAGUGAUCUGUGGCUCAAAAAAAUUUUUUUGUUUCUGUGACAAUGUUUGUUCAUUCAGCCAAUAGAGUUAUUUAUAGGAAAAUAGAGCAUGUAAUAGUUCCUCAUGUACAAGAACUGUUUCCCCCUCAAAACCUUAGUUACCGGAAUUGGUUAUUUGUAAAAACUGAAAUUCCGUGAUUAAAGAGAAGCUGGCGUUCUACCAUA